UUCCUGGACGGAUCGGGUAGUGACACCCAGCAGGCGUUUUGUAAAAUUGACAGGAACUCAAGAUGGCUGCCUGUUUGCUGCGUUUAGGUCGACUCAAGUGGAACAGUUUGGGCACUCUGAGGCGUCCCCCCGCUGCUUGGUUCUGCAUUGAAGCUAAAGAGGCAGCAAACACGGGGAAAAAACCCAAGGGCCCCGCCAAAACAGGUGAAGAUAAGAGGUCAGCCCAACUGGCUUCCAAGACUGGAGUGGCCUUUCCAGUAAAAUAUAUAAGUCCUGGAGUUUUGCCACCCUCCCGAGGUGAAAUUAAGGAACCAAUCGGCUCUGCUGCAACAUCAGAAAUAAUUUUUGGAACCGAGCCCGAGUUGGUAGCCUUAGUUCCUUCAUCUCAAUCAUUUCAAAGCCACGAAGAGGUUCCUCAGAAUUCAGUUGAGGCAGUUAGUAAAGAGUCAGUACCUGCAGAGAUUCAUGCCCCUGCUGUGACCAUUGAUAUUAUAAAAGCAGCUGGGGUCUCAAAUAAGCUUGAAGAUGCAGCAAUUGAGGAGCUCCUGUCCUCGUCGUCUAGCGAGUCUGAUACAGAUUCAGACUCAGAACUUGAAGAUGAAGAUAAGAAGUUAGAACUGGGAAUUGAAACUAGAAACUGUUCUCCAGAGUUAAAACCUAGUCAUCAGGAAGGAGGGGAAGAUGAAGUUCAUAAAGUUACUGGAGUGACUAAAGGCAUUACUAAUGCAGAGACAAAAGAGGCUCAGUCUAGGGUAGAGGUCUCUAAACCUAUUUCUGAAGAUAAAGGCUUUGAGGUCCUCAGUGCUUCAAAGAGUGUAGCUGAGCUUACCAGGUCAGAUAUUUUAACCAAUGCUGCUCCUAGUGUUACUGUUGCAGACUUUGAAGCUCUAGUUCCAGUCGUAGGGCAAAAUGAAACUCCACAUAAACCCAACCCUAAUGCUCAUGUGCCUGCAGAUGGCCUAGGGGAUGCCCCGAAAGAAUUCAUGGAAACAAUUAUCUGUGAUCCUGUAAAGUCAGAAAUAGUCUCUACUAAAGUAGUGGCCAGUCAUCCAGCUGAAGUUGGCAGCUCUGCCAAUAGAGCGGAUGAGCUGGUGGACUCUGUUGAAAUCCAAGAAGCUGCUGGAGAAGAGCUGCAUGGGGAGACCUCUGCUGAACAGCCUGAGGAGCCAGCAUCAGCACCCCCAGAGCCCGAGGAGCCCUUUGACAACAGCACUUACAAAAACUAUCAGCACCACGACUAUACCAGCUAUACAUUUGCAGAUCUGGAUGUGGAAAUGGCCAAGUAUCGUCUCCCUCAGCCCUCCUCGGGCAAACCCUCACCCACACACUAGAGGGCCGGAUGAUGUCCAUGGUGGACUUAAUGUUGCCACACUUCAUAUAUGUGUAAAGAUAUCACUGCAUCAUCUGUAGAAAAAACAGUUGUCAAAUUGUGAUGUAAUUAAAGAACAUGUGUAAGAAAUGAAGGGUGUUUUUUU